AUGGAAAGCUUCACGUCUAUCCCUGUCAUCGAUUUCUCACUGUCCUCCUCGCCAGCGACUAAGCCGCAGUUCAUCGAAAGUCUGCGAAAUGCUGUUGUCAAAGUGGGGUUUUUCUACCUCAAAGGACAUCCCGUUUCCGACGCCAUCCAACAGGUAUUACUUUACCGAUCCAUGGAGUUCUUUGAUUUACCUCAAGAGAAAAAACUGGAUCUGGCUAUGGUGAAUAGCAAACAUUUUCUUGGCUAUGUGGGCGAGACUGCCACAACGGCAGGGAAGACAGACCAUCGGGAGACACUAACACUAGGCAUGGACCAUCCCCCUCCUCGGUCGGACGAGCCUAUAUAUCGCAACAUGCGUGGCCCGAACUUGUGGCCCGAUAAUACCGAGCUCCCUGGCUUUCGGCCAGCAAUCAGGAGAUACAUUAACGAGCUCGAGCAGCUAGCAGACACUUUCAAGAUUCUAAUUGCCGAAGCGCUGGACUUAGAACCAACCACCUUCACCAGGCUUUUUGACGAACAGUCCAACAGUCGGUUGAUGCUAGCGAGAUAUACUCUUCCUUCGACCUCCCCUGACGAUGACAGAUUACGCUUCCAAGGCAUCGGGCCACACAAGGACAGCGGCUUUCUAACCUUCCUUUUUCAAGGGACCACGCAUUCGGGUCUCGAAGCACAGAAUAAAACUGGCAAUUGGGUUCCCAUUUGCCCUCUGCCCGGGCACCUAGUUGUCAACGUCGGUCGGCAGUUGGAAGCGUUGACUAAGGGUGUUUGUCAGGCGACCACGCAUCGCGUCAGUCUUCAGCGGCGACAUUUCCUGGACAGCGAUGGCAAAGCAUUGGGGCCCCGAUAUUCAUUUCCCUUCUUCCAGAUUCUGGGACUGGAUCUGAAUCCCGGAGCCGCUUCGAUCACAAUCCCGCCUCACAUUGCAGAUCUUGUCAAGGAUGAAAAAGUCAGAUCCGAUGCUGCGGCAUAUUUCCAGAGGUACUUCAAAGAUGGGAUUGGGAAUGGGGUCUUUGCGAUGCGGAUACUCAGGCAUCCCGCUGUUGCGCAUAAGUGGUAUCCUGGUAUAUUAGAAUCUCUCCAGGAACAGCAGAGCCAAUAA